AUGUCACUGUACCAAGAGAAGGACUCGGUCGAAUCGACUCCUGGGCCUGGUGAGAGCGAGCUUACCGCGUCGCGUGUUAGCAAGUGGGAUGUCGACGCCUCCGACAAGGACGCCCGGAGUGUCGCAGGCGUUCUCUGCACCGAAACCAUCCGAGCAUUCAGAGGCAUCGUGCGAAAUAUCGAGCGGCGUGACGACCUCCCUCAAAGUAACCGGCAUUGCUUGAAGAAGACCUGUGAUACUUUGAUCCUGUGGGCCUCAGGAUACGGUGUCAAUGAAGGAGAUCUGGAUGAGGCCCUCGCAACAUCAUGGGUAUUGCAGCGGUCUAUGCUUGAGUUAAUGGUAUCCGUUGGUAGUCUGCUUUUGCUCAAGCAAGGAAUCCCAGGAGAUGUCGACCCCUUCGCCCUGAAGACAGCCAUUUCUGAUGCAUCAGGCGUUUUGUCAGAAGGCCUCCAAAGCCAUCUUCGCAGGGAAACCGAGAAUGAUAACGACAGCGACAGCAGCAGUGACUUGUCGGCAACCGAGGGCGACAAGCUCGAAUGCAUCAUACAGGACAUCGACCUCUCAGUGCAGUGCCUUCUCGACCUCGGACCUCUCAUCAACAGUCAAAUAAAAGAUCGCAACAUCAUCGAGGUGCCCCGUUCUGGAGCCGCUGUGGCCACAUUUAAUCCACAUCAGUUCUUCGCCGACAUGCUGUCACACCGAUACCCGAGAGCAGAAAAGGACAUGAGAGACCGACUUGCUAGAGCCAACUUUGACCGCUUUCUCAGGACGAAUGAGCUGAGGGCAAAGAAUGCUGAGGGUACUCCAACAGAAGAUAAUGCCGCUGGUUCUACUGAAUUCAAUGACUCGGGCAUCGGAACGUCCAUUCACACAGGAGCUCCGUAUGCCGCGACACUCAUGUCUUACCGGAACAUUUAUUCCGGGACCUUAGACCCUGGGUUUGCCACGACACUACCUGUCCUCGAGGAUGCAAGCCCUUCGUGA